AUGGGCACAAAUCCAAAUGAAGAGGGUGACGACAUUGGGCCUGCUAUCGAGCCACACCAAGCAGCCAGCCAAGCGAAUACUCCGCCCGGAAAGUGGGCUAAGCUCCUGGUCGGACAUGGAAAUGGACAGAUCCCGUUCACGUACGAGGAAGAGAAAGCUGUCGUCAGGAAGAUUGACAGACGUGUACUUCUCAUCUUGUUGGGGGCCUAUUUCUUCCAGCAACUCGACAAAAGUUGCUUAAGUUAUGUUUCUAUCUUCGGCAUCGAAGAAGACGCACAUCUCGUGGGUAAACAAUACUCAUGGCUCGGCUCGAUUCUUUACCUUGCACAACUAGUCAUGCAGCCUCUCGCAGCUUUCCUGCUCGUCAAGCUCCCCACUGGCAAGGUGAUCUUCGGAGCUGUCUUCCUUUGGGGAUCAUCUCUGGCCCUUACAUCCGCAUGUACAGAUUUUCCUUCUCUGCUUGGCCUGCGAUUCUGUUUGGGCGCCUUUGAAGCCAUGAUCGCUCCCUCUUGUAUUGCCGCUACUCAAAUGUGGUGGCGACGUAGUGAACAAACACUGCGUACCAGCUACUGGAAUGCCAUGAAUGGUGUCACUUUUAUUGUUGGCAGUCUGAUGACCUAUGGCCUUGGACAUAUCCAGACUACUCAUCUUUACAAAUACCAGGUUAUCUUCAUGUUUUGUGGAUUGCUGACGGUAGCGUUCUCGCUUUUGGUUGGGAUCUUUAUGCCUGACUCGCCCAUGGAAGCUAAGUGUCUUUCUGAUCGUGAAAAGUAUAUCGCUGUCGAGCGACUGAGGGCAAAUCAAAUGGGAUUGGCAUCAAGGGAAUGGGAGUGGAGCCAUGUUUGGGAGACCUUGCUUGAUAUCAAGACGUGGUGCUGGUUUAUUUUAAUCAUUUCUAUCUCAAUCGCUAGCGGUGGUAUCUCGUCUUUCGGGAAUCUAAUUGUCAAGUCAUUUGGCUACAACAGCUUUCAGACCAUUCUGUUCAACAUCCCCUUUGGCGUGAUCCAAAUCAUUGCAAUUCUAGGAUCAGGCUGGCUUGCGACAAAAACCCAAAGGAAGGGUCUUGUUAUUGCAGGUGUUGCAGUUCUCCCAUCUAUUGGUGCUAUUAUGAUGCUCACUCUGCCCCGCCAAAACAAAGGCACACUCCUAUUUGGGUAUUAUCUCGUUUCAUGCAUGGCUGCCAUCACCCCUUUAAUAUAUGCCUGGCAAGCCCAGAACACAGGAGGUGAUACCAAGAAGAAAUGUACAUCAGCCAUGGUAUUUGUCGGCAUGUGCGCGGGCAAUGUCAUCGGGCCGCUCCUUUACUCCACAGAUGAUGCACCACUAUAUCGACCUGGAUUGAUUGCCAAUCUAGUCAUGUUUGUGCUUGUGGGGAUUCUUUCAGCAUUGGUUCCAUUUUAUCUCAUGUAUCUCAACCGACAACAUGCUAAGCACCGAGAAGAGCUUGGGAAGUCUGCUGUGGUUGUGGAUGAGUCAAUGAUCUCUACAAAGAAUGCGGAGGGUGCUAAGGCUGUUGAGCUAGAGGAGGCACCGGUGGAUCAACAGACGUCUGUAGAGAAUGAUAACGGGCUGCGGGAUAUAACUGAUCUCAAGAAUGAGGAUUUCAUCUAUGUAUACUGA